CGUGUGUCAGUCAGGCUGAAGAAGACAGUGUGGUUUAGCCGGUUUAGCAUCUUCAGUGUUUUACAGUUUGUCAACUCUGUACAAAUGAUCAUUUUUGCCUGUUUGCUGAAGUAGUCGACGAGAAGGAACCAAACACUGUCUCGGUUUUCUACUGUCGUUCCCGGGCAGUAGACCUGGAUCUGCCAUGGAGCCCAUAAUGCAUCAGGUUUGGCAGAGGAUCUUCCAGCGCUUUCACAGAACCCUGAAUCCUCUCAGACGGAACCACUCAGGCUGUGCUGAACAUGUGGCUGCUCCUCCGUCUGCUCACUCCAGACCCUACAAACCAACUCUCCUUGUGUCGCGCCUCUACCAGCCCUCACAUCUGCGUGAUGUUGGACAGGACACUCGGUUACAGGGAGAGAUGACCUGUAAAAGUCAGAGGCUCAUGCUGCAGGCUGGACUCAUCCAUCCCUCCAACCCUGGGUGUUACUACUACCUCCCUGCCACCGUCCGCUCCAUGGAAAAGCUGGUGAGAGUGAUUGACCAGGAGAUGCAGGCGAUUGGUGGACAGAAACUGGACAUGCCCAGUUUGUGUUCAGCUGAACUGUGGAAAACCAGUGAGCGCUGGGACUUGAUGGGGAAGGAGUUGUUCCGUCUUAAGGACCGUCACGACGUCGACUUCUGCUUGAGCCCCACACAUGAGGAGGCGGUUACAACACUGGUCGCCCACCAGGCCACGCUCUCCUACAGACAACUCCCUCUACUUCUUUACCAGAUUACCCGUAAAUUCAGAGAUGAGCCAAAGCCGAAGUUCGGGCUGCUUCGAGGGAGGGAGUUCUACAUGAAAGACAUGUACUCAUUUGAUGUGAGUGAAGAAGCGGCUUAUCAGACUUAUGAAUCAGUGUGCCAGGCUUACAGCAGGCUCUUUGCCCGUCUGGGCCUGCAUUAUGUUCAGGUACAAGCAGAUACAGGCAACAUUGGCGGCAAACUGUCCCAUGAGUUCCAGCUGCCAGCACAGAUCGGUGAAGACAGGCUCCUGGUUUGUGGGACCUGUUCCUUCUCUGCGAAUGUAGAGACCAUGACAUCAGACAGAAUGGACUGCCCCCAGUGCAAAACUGGCACACUGAUGGAGUCAAAGGGAAUAGAGGUUGGCCACACAUUUUAUCUGGGUAAAAAGUACUCUCAGGUAUUCCAGGCAACAUUCAGCAAUGCCCAAAACAAGCUAAGCGUCGCAGAGAUGGGCUGCUACGGUCUCGGGGUCACUCGGAUUCUUGCCGCUGCCAUAGAGGUUUUGUCAACGGAAGAGGGAAUCCGCUGGCCGGACCUCCUCGCACCGUACCAAGUGUGUGUCCUUCCUCCAAAGAAGGGCAGUAAAGUGGAUGAAGCGUCAGGUUUAGCUGAGGAACUGGUUCACAUGUUGGCAGAGAGGCUUCCCCGUCUGAGAGGAGAAGUUGUUCUUGACGACCGAACCCAGAUGACCAUCGGUAAGAGGCUGAAGGACGCCAAAAGACUGGGUUACCCGUAUGUUAUCGUGGUGGGACAGGCUGCUUUAGAGGAAAUGCCCAGGUACGAAGUCAUCUGUCAGCAGACAGGUGAGACAAUGUUUCUCAGCGAGGAUGGACUUUAUGAUCUUCUGGGAAGGGUGGAAACUAUAUGAACGAUAAAUGUACAAAUAAGUAUUUUAAAUUGCUUGGCUACUGUGUCUAAGAAGAAUGUGUUAUGCAAUUGGUGAUGGAAAAAUAAAGGUCUGGUAUGUUUUACAUGUUUUGUUUUUCUGUCAUUAAAAGGAAUGAAAGUU